CCAACAUUUUUGAGGUCCGAGCAAUUUUCAAUUACACGUGGUUAACAAAGUCAAAGCAUCAUGAAUGCUGACAUGAGAAGGCAGCGACAAUUGGAAUAUGAAAAAAAAUUGAAUACAUGGGCUGAUAUUGGCAAAAAAAAACAGAAAAGUUUAAAAGAAAAGUUGAAAAAAUUUACUGGUUUCCCUUUCUGGUACACGGAGUUUUCUCUAUUACAGUUACAAUAUUUAAAGGAAUUAAAAGAUACAAUGUUUCAAGAUAAGGAAGAACAAACGACUUUUAGAACUUUGAAUACUUUAUCAAAUAUAGGGAUAAUAACCGAUACUUUAAAAGUUGAAUCAAGAAUAGUCAGAAAGUAUCUUAAUAAAUAUAAUACGGAUCCAAUUAGAUUUUUAUGUGAAAUUUAUAAAGCCGUAAGUGGCGAUUAUUUCGAAAAUGAAGAAUUUAAACGUUAUAAUUGUACGGAAAGAAUUAUAUUAUCGGGAAUCGCAUUUUUGGAAUUACCAAAAAUUAUUUUAGAAUUGCAAAAACGUUUGCCACCAGUUCAUGAAGGAACGUAUCUUGCAAAACCAAAACCACCGAGAGUACGUCGGCCAAUAAAAAAGAUUUCCCCGUAUCUUGAAAAAUUGCUUAUGCCCCCACAUUGGAAAGCUUAUGCGGUAAAAUUGGAAAAAUGGCGUAUCAAAUGUUCAACAUCCAUCAGACCUGUUGUAAUUUUACCAAAAAUAGUAAAUACUCACGAUAAACGUGCAACAGCUGAAGGAGAAAGAAAAGGAACGUCUAUUACUCCACAAAAGAACAAAGAUGAUAAGCAUAUUGAAAGAAUAAAUUCCAUAGAACAGACAAGUAGUGGGUUAGAGGAUAAAAAUAAAAAACAAGAUAUUAAUAACAGUAGUGAUGUUAAUUUUCAAGAAUUUUCAUCAGUUGAUGCCAAAUAUAAACAAGAUAUCCACUCAUUUUCAAUGCAAGAUUGGACAAACCCUCCUAGUCCGUGUCCUUAUAAAUAUCGUAAAUUAAUGGAAAAAGUGGGACCGGUAAAAACGGAUAAAGAUUUUUUCAAUGAGUUGGGAUACGAAAAUAAGAAAAAAUAUUAUCCUUCUGGUCGGAAAAAUUUAUCAGUGAAAAUGCAAAGCUAUUUACUGGGUUUGGAAUCGAAUUUGUAUAAGGUGACAGAUGACGUUGACAAGUUAACUUGCAAAGUCGGAGCAAUUGCAAAAGAGAUUUUUGAAUCAGAUCAGAAAUGUAGUCCAUGUUGCGUAUGUGAACAGACGCAGAAGACAGAAAUUAAAUUACAUAACACGAAAUCACCUCAUUUAAUGAUUGAUUCUAUCUUGACCGUUAAAGACGAUAAAACGCAAGUAAUCGGUGCAACGGCAAUGCAUUCGCCAGCUUCGAGUAUCUCAUCGAUUGGGGAACCCCUUCGUAUCCCUUCCUCAGAGAAGCUUGUAAAAAAUGUUAUAAUUACUGGUACCGCAACUACGGUUGAUGGUGAAACAGUAAAACAAGUCGAAGGCAUUUCGAAAGCCAUUGAGCACGUGCCCCAUCACACUUUACGUCCCGAAAUUAACACAAUUGAAAUUAGAAAUGUUCCACCUUGCGCUUGCUCUAAGGACGCGCAGGAGAACGAAAUCGAUGAAGAGAUUAUUGUUAAAGAUAAGUAUGCAGAUAUGUGCUACGGAAGAAAGUAUCGCCCCGAUGAAGGUCCUGCGUAUUCUUGUAAGGAAUUUAAAAAGAACGAGCCAGUUGAAGAGGAUUAUGAAUAUAAAGAAUAUAAUUCCGAUAAAUACAUGAUGAAUAAUGAUGCAACCUGUGGUUGUGGAAUUGAAUUUGAAAAAUGUAGUUUGGAUGACGAAGCCGAAUAUCCGAAUAGCAUAAAAAGUGAAUUCGAAAACAUUCAAGAAUACAGUUGCGAAGCGAAAGGUCCUUACAGAAUAUGUAAAAGGUGCGGAAGAAAAGUUGAUGCAAAAUGCUCGAUUAUUCCCAUUAGGAAGACAAACUUGACGAAAUAUAAUAAAAAUUUAAGAAAGGAAAUUGCCGAUGAAUGCUCGUGUCACAGUUUAUCGGAAUAUUUAAAAUUUAAUAUUGAUAAAAUGACUUGUCUAAAACCUAAGAAAGAAACUUUUAAUAAACAAAUGAUUACAGAGAAAAAUGAGUCAAAAAAAUUGUCAAUUAAAUCGACGAAUAUUCAUAGUCAAACAGAAAAUCAAACUACUGACAGUGCAGAAAUCAAGAUAGUUCCAAACAAUAGUCAAGUAUCUACAAGGUCAACCGCUAGUUUACUUGAUGCUGAAAAACACGAAGAAUAUUGUCAAUUAGAGAAGAAAAUGAUGGAAAAAAAUGCAUCUAAGGGCGACAAUUUUGAUAAAAACACAGAAGAAGAGAUAAUGAAAUCGUCGUCAUUGAAAUAUAUAUCAACCAAUGGUGGUCCAUACGGUUGGAAAACAAAAUCAGAGGAGGAACUACCUACCGAAUACACGCUUUCUCAUCUCGUUCCACCAAAAUAUCCUCUUUGUUCAAUACCGACUGCCGAUGGCAAGUCCACCUGUAAAUGUCGAGAGAAUCGUAACAAUCGGAAAAUACUUUUGUAUAAUAUCGGAGGUAUGGUAAACGAAAGCCAGAACAAUCGCCAGGAUCCACCGCAGAAGGAUUCCUUGCCACGGGUAAUCGAGGGUGUGACGUGGCUAUCCCCGGAGCCGAGUAUCAGGCGGAGCGAAGAGUAUGUUCCAGAGUACGAGCUUUAUGACUCGCCAUAUGACAAGAUGUGUAAAGUGUCUACGAAGAUGUUGACUUGCAGUGAUAAUAAAGAAGCAAAUAAUAACGCAACGACGAGUCGUUCUCAAGAUUGGGAAAAUUCAUUUAACGAUCCAUAUCUAUCAGAAUUUUAUACACAAAAGAAAGCUAAAGUUUCGUGUUCAAAAAAAUGUUCCAAAUUUCCAAAGCAAAAUGAAAAAAUAAGACAAUUAAGAGUUAUGAAACCCGUAUGCGAAUGUAAAUAUGAAAGAAAAAUAAUGAAGAAAAAUGAGGAACAAAGAAAUCGGCUAUAUCGUCAAAAUCGUGUAAAAUCUCUUAAUCGUAUUUCUGAUACAUCGAUGCCCGCAUCACCGAGUCAGAAUUUAAUGGCCACACAGAGUUCAAACAGUAACAAUACAGUAAUGAAAUACUCUGGAAUUGAAGAUACAGGAAAAACGAUUAAAGCGCAAGUAGAAAUUUCUUCUAUUACAAUGCAAACGCCAGUGGUUACACCAGUUCAAAGUAAAUAUAGUCAUAAUAAUUCCUUUGAUAUUUCGUAUCAAAGUGACACGAGUGAUAAAAUGACGGAAAAUUUACCCAUCAAAGUAGACGAAUCACACAAUGUAUUAUUAAGUAAAAAUGAAUUUUCCAAAGAUAGAAAGAAGCUUUUUUCAGGCGAUACUAAUCAAUUAAUGGGAAUACAGGAUGAGCACAAAGAUUAUGGUGGAAUUGAAAAUAAUAUGACGAAUCCUGAUACAAACAUAAUUAAUACUUUGAACGGUAAUUCGUCUCAGUUGAAAUCUACAACGAAAAUGAAAAGAAGUCCAAGUUUUUACGAUCGUUUAGAAGAAGAAUUAAAAAUUCAAAUGCGCCAUGAAUUAGAAAAAAUGGCAACCGAAGAUUUUAUCUCAGUCAAGCUUCCAGGUUUCUACAAGAUGCCUCAACUCUUAUAUUGGAUUUCAUAUAGAACAAAGGGAAUGUACUUGAUCGGAAGUCAAAAAGAAUCAAUGGAGGAAGCCAUAGAUAAAAAUAAAUGGUCUAUAAUCAAUGAAAGAAUAAGCCGAAAAAAUAUCCCACCAAUUAUAAUGGUGAAAAAGGAAGAUAAAAAAACACUUAACUUUAAUAAAGCAAUGUAUUGGAAAAAAAAGAUUGCAGAAUACAAAUUGAAAUUUUAUACGCAAUUACGACAGGAUAUUCUAAAUUUCAGUCGUGAUGUAUGGCCAUUAAUGGAAUUUGGAAAGUUUCCAGAUAUCAUUUUUAAACAAGCAUAUUUUACGUAUUUACCAUCAAGAGAAAAAGACGCUCAGGUAGUUCGUUUAUGGAUGGGAUAGUUUA